GUAACAAUGGUUACGCAAGAGGGGAGUCGCAGCCUAUACAGCUUCGACUGACGUACAGGCGGGAUUCAGUGGCUGGGGCCCGUGUCAUCUCCCGGGCCGACGUCCCUGCCAAAUGUACGGGAUACAGCAAAAAAAUGUUUUAAAACUAACAAAAUAACCUCAAAUGCGAGCUAUAAAACCUCAUAAUUAAAUAAGUGCUAAGUGUUUUCCCGCGCGUAAUUUCCCGGCGUCAAUUUUGAAUUAAGAAUAUAGUCUUGCGGCCAGUGUGAAUGAAGUCAUAAAUAAUUGUAACAUUUGUCAACGUUAAUUAUUGUGGACUGUGAUUUAAAUGGUGUAUUUAAUUAGGUGAAAGGGGAGCAGUAAUGGGCUGACUCCCUGAAGACGCCGACGGCAAAACCUUCACGACUAUGGAAAUUUGAGACACUCCGCAAAAUGACGAACGUUAAAUUAAAAUUGAUGUUUUUUCUCCUUAACUCCCUACUGUCAGCAGAUAUCAUCCACGCCAGGCCUUAUUCCGACAAAAAUAACACAGAUAUUGUUAUUAAGUUCACCACUGAUAGCAAUAAUACAUUUAACAUACCAGUAGACUCAAAUUCCGAUACACUAAUCGUUGCAAGUGAUGACGAAACUCCAGAAGAAACAAACAAAAGUUCCAACAAUCAAUUAGAAGCUAUAGUCAACGCGGAGCAAGACCGUGACGAAGCUAUGUCAAAAAAAGUUAUGACAGAUCAAGUCAGCAUUCUAGAAGUUAACAAAAAAGAUGCUGCAGCCAUUGAAAACCAAUUGAACACAUCAAGUUCUGUACUGGACGAUAUAAUAGAUUCCGAAACUGACAGAGAAGAGACUUUGACGGAUAUAUUAUUUAGGCCGGAGUCAGAAUUUACAGAGGAUAUGCCUAGGUUUGAAUUUUUAAUUGCAGCUAAAAUAAACAGUAGUGAUGUUAGUAAUAAUAGGAGUGUAGUGAAAGAUGACGGGUUCAGUGAUAAUAGGUUAGAAAAGGACAGGAACAGUAGUGAUGUGCUUCGGAAGGUGGAUUAUGUAGAAUUAGUUGAGGUGCCAACGAAGAUUAGUGAAAAUAAGAGUGCGUAUUUGAUGAACAUCACUGGGCAUGAGUUGGAUAAUGAUUUGGCACCUGACACAAUGUUGUCCGUGUUCUCAGGCUUCACCGACCUGCAGACACUGUUCCUGGCCUGCUUCGGGACUUUGCUGCCUCUCCUGGCUGUGCUGUUCGCUACGCUACUCAUUCGGUGUAUGUGUCGCCGGUGGUGUCCAGGGUGGUGCAAGAAGUCCACUGGAUCCUCCGUCUCAGAAAGCAGUGAGAAAGACGCUAAGCAGCAGUUGAAGUCCCCAACCGAGGAGGACACCAGCCAUGGAGAGACACUGGAGAACGGAGAAGCAGCUCCAGCCAACGGUUCCAUUUUUACCAUGACUCUGAAGAAUAACCACCUUAUUGUGGAGACUGAGGAGAGAAAUGAUAUCACCAAAAACGGACGGGAGACCAAGAUGAAGUAUUCACCAGACAACGACGGCAUAUUUGUCGUCGAAGUCCAGCAGUCCCAAGCUUACAGACCCAACAACAAGUCUUUGCAGAGUUCACCGCCACACGACCCCCAAAUAUCCACCAACCAGGCUCUGAUCCACCGGGUGCCAGAAGAUUUAGAUAAAACCAAUGAACAUAACGAGAAAUAUGAUGGAAAAUUCGAAAGAGAUAGAGCAUUAGCUCUGUCUAGUACAGGACUGUCUAUUUCAGACUUAUCAAUGUCAUCAAUUGGGUCGCACAACGUUAGCUACUCUUAUGGAGGUCAGGUAGGAUACGAACAAGGCCCAUUUGGAUAUCCAGUCUAUGCUGGCUAUAACAUCUCCAAAGACGACAUGCCUGAGGGUAUAAUUCAUGAUAAUUCUCAGGAACCAUUGAUUAGCAAAACGCCAACUGACCCUGAUAAACCAGUGGUCACUGCUGCCAUUUUCAAACAGGAUUCAAUUAUAGGUAAUGACGCUCUGCAGGGACCUGGCUACUGCAUCGAAGGGUCCACAGAUGGGCCUUUGCUCUCAGAUGUCCAAGCGAGAGAGUACAGUUUGCAACAUUUGUUAGACCAAAGAGAUAACAAAGUCGAGAAUGGUGUAGCGGUUCCUGUACCAGAGAAAAUUGAAAGUCCCAAGAAGGCGCUGAGCAGAGCUGACAGUCUGCCAGUUCGGUUAGAAAAUGAUAAUGUUGUUGAAGCAAUAUUGGAGAAAAACAACGUCAUGGAGACGAUCACGGAGGACGAAAUGCCGAAAGAUUUGCUCAAAGGCAAAAGGGCAUCUCUUCCGAUAAUAAGAACAGAAAUGUAUGAAUCUGUUAAGGAUGCGUUAUUACCGUCUGGUUCUCCUAAGUUUGAGAAGCUGUUGAAUGAAACAUCGCCAGGUGAUGGUGGAUUCGAAGCGCCGCCAAUGAUAACGAUUACUGAAGAGAGUGAUACGGGAAAGACGGAAAGUGCUAGUUAAUUUUUGAGGACGGGAUUAUAACAGAUAGAUGUAAGACAAAUAUGUGAUUAGGAUUUUGGGAGGCUUUCGAGUUUUUGAUGAAACGGUAAGUAAACCAGUGUGAGUUAUGCCACCCUUUUAGUGUUUAUGGAGUGAUCGGUAUAAUACUAAUAGAUAUUUUUAACUGCAUUUAAACUUCUAAUUGCGGGGUAUAAGGCGAAGGGAUAAAAAGCUUUGACAGCUGAUAGGUUACGACAGAAUUCCCAAAACGAUUUGGUUCAAUCAGUCAGGUAGGCAGUAACAUCAUAGCUGAGUCUUUAAAAAGUUGAGGUUUACUUUGACACACGCAGGUUACGAGGCGGCAUGGCCGGGAAUGACUCCGGGAACACACGAGGAUGAGGGAGAGAUACAAAUUGAUAUAUUACACUAGUGGCGCGUCCCGGCUUUGCUCGGGUAAAACAAUAAUAAAAAGUAGCCUAUGUCACCCCUGAAGGUUUCAAGUUUACCCAUUACAAACAAAGAAACAAUACAAAUCUUGUCUCUUUAUUAUAUUAGUAUGACUUAUCUCUAACCUCAAACUGGUAAGAAAGUAUGGUUAAAACUAUAAUAGAAAUGUAAUUUUGUAAUAUUUCUUAGAGAUAGUACCGAUGUGUAUUAAAUCAGUUAGCUUUUGUGUUUUUUCUUAUGUUAACAUAUUAGUGGCCGCGCUGUCUAGACUUCCUCAAAGAUUAAUUGAAGUUACCAACUAAAUGUUGUUAUUCAAACUUUAGAAUUUUCGUAAAUACUCGUACAUACAUUAUAUGCGUGAGUGAAUGUAAAGUACAAAAGUCAUAUAUUAUACACAUUCCAGCCUGGAAAUAACAGUUAAACAUUAAAAAUACAUAAAUAUAAUAUAUAAUUUUGCUUUUACUAUUGCAUAUUACCAAUAAAUUGUGUACAGCAGUACGUAAAUGGUGAAAAAGUUAUAAGUUCCUUCCCUUGUAGAUUUUUAUUGAGCUGCAUCGUAAAUUAUUCAUCACAGUUACUGUAAUCAAAUGAUAUGCUUAUGAUAAUUUAUUAUAUUUAAUUAAAACAAGUGAUAAUUAUAAAAAAAAACGCUUUAAACUUUUCAGCCAAAAGUCCGUCUUUCUUUUUGUGUCCGUAAUUUUAUUAAUUUGCAUAAUGCAAAUAUUUACUUAUAUAUAUUUUUAUAAAAUUAAGUAUAUAAAAGAUUAAGAAUGUCAGUUAGCUCAAUACAGCAAUUAUUUUAACAUUUUAAAGUAUUUAGCUCAAAUUAAUAAAUCAAUUUCAAAUUUCAUAUUAAAGUAAGUGGAAAAUAUUAUGAAUUAAAAUGAUUUCUGUAAGCAUUAAUUUAGUUUGUACAUAGUUAAUAUAUAAAACAGUAAUAUGUGCGUACAAAUUAUGCAGUUGCGAAUCGUUGUGCCCAAAACAUAGUUACUAGUAAUAUAUAGAGUAAGAUCCAAUAUGAUUAUAUACAGAUAUAAACAGCAUAUAAUAAUUAUUAAAUAAAUAUAUAGGCCUGUCUGUAGAUGAACGGAUAACCGCCUCAGUAGACGUGUUCUCGAGUGGACACCACGCCUGGGUAAGCGAAGUGUGGGCCAUUCACUGGCUAGAUGGCGUGAUGACCUGCGAAAGCUUGCAGGGUACGACUGGAUGCGAAAAGCCCAAAACCGACAGCAGUGGCGCACCUUGGGAGAGGCCUAUGUCCAGCAGUGGACUGCUCCAGGCUGAUGAUGAUGAAAUAUAUAGGGGAAAAUAACUUGUGGCGUAAGUUCUGCCCUAAAAUAUAGCCACCAAUCCUCCCGCGGCAAGGCAGUCAGACCAUGUGGCGCGAGGGGUAUGUCAUACGAGGCGACUAAGGGACACACAUCUUUAGCAAAGCAAAAUGUAUAUAUAGCGUAUAUAUAGCGUAUUGACUUCAAGUGUUAGGGGGUUCCACUACACUUGCCACUCAUACCAGCAGAUUGAAUGGAAUUAACGAACACCCUUAUUCCACAGACAUAAUGGUAUUCCCAACGAGCGUUGUCAUUAAGAUGGCCGGAUGUAAAAUCACAUGUUUUAUUAUAUAUUUAACGCUGAUUGAGCUCCCGGGCGAAGCCUGAGGUAAAAAUACAACUCAAACUUUUUUAUUUUAAUGCAAUUGUUUCCUUCCACUUUUGGAUUUUCAGAAUCAAAUUAUUCAGAAAUUUAGGCCUUCACAGGCACUUUUUCACGUCAUAUUCAUAAGCUACAAACUACUAGCAUUUCGGAACGACCACUGCUGAGAGGAAAUGCCGAAAGAAACUCAUUCAAACAGCCAAGCAAUUAUACCAGAAGGGCUUACCAUUUUUUAAAUAUAAAUUUAUGUAUAAUUUUUUAUCAGUAAUAUAUAUACCUUUUGACCAUUGUUAUGAAACAUGAUUGUGAUGAUGCUGAUGAUAUGUAUCCUGAAUAUAUAUCCUUCCUUAUUUGAAUAUGUAUAUAUGUAUAAUUAACUGAGAAUUGAACAGAUAAUUGUUAUAUGCUUUGCAUAUCUGUAUCACACACCAAUUAUGAUAAUCGCUUAUUAGAAUACUAGGUAUUGUUAAGUUUUAAUUACAAUGGAAUUGAUAUUGUAUAAUGAAACGUGUUGAAUUUGUUUACGAGAAAUAAUGUAAUUAUUUUGUUUGAACCCUGUUACUAUAAUGUUAACCCUGUGGAAUACGUAAAGAGGUUAGGAAGCCCAGAAAGAGCUAGUUAAAAUAUCCUUCAUUCCAUAAAUGUGUAUUAAUAAAUAGAAAAUCAAUUAGUAUUCUUGGAUUGCAAUAUUGGAGGAAAAAAAAUAUCUUAAUCGAUGGAUAAAAGCGGUGCCAGCUCUGUGCCACAUUCUUUUUAUCAUAAAAUAAUUCUAAUUAAGUGCUAAAUGUUGUAUUCAUUUUAAUCGAAUUACCUUAGGAUGGAUUGCACCAUUUAACUCUGAUGUUAAGUUUAGAUAAAAUAGCGUACCUUGCGUUUUUCUCAGCAGGUUAACGUAAAAAUCGACUGUUGCAAAUGAACUUUUCUGUGGUUGGAAAUUACUAAGAAUUUGUAGGGCAGAGUAAAGGAAAGAAAUGGUGCGUCAAUUUGCGGUCGAUUGUUAUUCCGACCUUUUUUAAACUAACUAAAAGGCCCAACUCAUGGCAAGUGGUCACCGCAGCCUAUCACAGCCACUUGCUCACCUCUUUAUAUAUUCUGUAAUCUUUGAAAUGUAAUGUUUGUGUACUGCGGCUCGUGUAAAAUAUCGUCGUAUUGACUUCAAGUGUUAGAGUUCCACUACACUUGCCAAUCAUACCAGCAGACUGAAUGGAAUUAACGAACACCCUUAUUCCACAGACAUAAUGGUUCUUUUUGGUCGGCUAAAGCCGCCACUUCGAUAAGUAUGGAGAUUCCCUUCACAUUUUUGUCGUAUUAUUAAAAUUCUUGUAUUAAAUUUGUUUUUAGUAUUAGAGCCGUCCUUGUAUGACAAACGAAAAACUUACGUGCCAAGCAAUUUCAUUCUUUAUUGUUUCGAUGAGAUGGUUAGUUGUAUUUAUUGAUGGAACGUUUGUGGAGUGUGUUUUUUUUAACAAGAUAUUUUGAAAGAAGAUUGUUGGUGGCCAGUGUUUUAAUUUUUUUUAUGGCAAUCAGACUAACGAAAAAGAUUUUUUUUCAACGCGAUAUAAUUUGUGUGUUAAAAAAAAUACACUCAAUAAUAGUUUUAAGCGUAAAACUAGAUUGGAAAUUUAAAAUAUUUACUAAAAUAAGUAUAGAAUUUAUUGAUACCUUAUUUUGCAUUAUUUGAAUAUAUUAUGACAUCAUUACUUUUAUAAAUAAAAUAUAAAGUAAUUCGC